CCCGCUCCUAAUUAUGGACAUUUGCGUAAAUACAUUUUAUUCUUCGUAAUUAGACUCGCUUAUUCUUACUGCUCUCGAACUCAACUCGCAGGAUCCUUCAACACCAGACUUCUCAUUGAAGUUGGAGUCUCGAUUACAGAUCUGUUCAUCUGUUAUCGGAUUUUUCCAGCCUAAUUCGAGGGCCUUUGCGCAGCUCCAAAGCAUUGCCUACUCUCCCUCAAACUCUCAGACUUUCUUCUAUUAUUUCUGGUGCAUUUGGAUUUCUUCUCCUCAUCGAUCACCGUAUUCGGAAUUCCGGAUUUCCCUUCCGAUCACCAACCUCCUAGCAAUUCCACUUAGUAACCUGGCCUGUCCUUUUCUGUUUUGCUCUUCUUCCUACCCUUACAAACUUUAUUGAUUAACCAGAUCGGUAAAUAUGCUCAUAUAUAAGAUAAAAAUCGUUAUUGAUAUACAGGUACACAACUCAGUAUUCUGCUUAUAAUUGAACAACUAUACUCAUAUCUAAGAGUCUAAGACCCAAGGGUAGAUUUCAGAUUAGGUAUGCAUGAGCUAAUGCAAUUUCAAGUCUCCAACAAUGUAUUCAGCACAAGUAAUUUAAACCUUGGCCGGACAUCCAAACAGGCAUCUAAUUCCGCCUAAUGUACUCUUCAUCUCAACAAAUCUCACAAUUGUUGGCUCUUAAGAUGAAAGAGUCUAAACUCAUCAAGCAUGCAGGCCUUGACUCUACAGUCUUCUUGAGGAUUUAUAUCCUUGGUUUAAAGAUAUUCGGGCCGACUACUAUUGUAGUUAUAUUGUUUCUUGUUCCAGUCAAUGCAUCAGAUGUAACAUUAUCUUUCCUCAGCAAGGAUCUGGUGGUUAGUGAGAUUGACAAUUUCUCCAUAUCCAAUGUCAGCCCCAGGUCUACAAAGUUUUUUGUGCACAUAGGAAUGGAAUAUUUGUUCACAUUUUGGACCUGCCUUUUGCUAUACAAAGAAUAUGAAACAGUGACAUCAAUGAGAUCAAAAUUUUUGGCUUCACGAGACGGGGAUAUUGAAGAAGCUAAUGGCCGCCUCACUAAUCACCCUGAACAGUUCACUGUGCUUGUACGAAAUAUACCACGCGAUAGCUCUGAUAAGUCGGUAUCUAAAACAGUGGGAAACUAUUUUAAGGAGAAUUACCCGCACGAAUAUCUUUGCCACCACGUUGUUUAUGACGUGAAGAGCAUUGUCAAGCUUGUUAAGAAACGACACUCGUUUGGGAAUAUGAUGGAUCGCUACAGCAAGAAGGGUAAUGACACGUUAUCCAGGAGGUCAGGCUUUCUUGGACUUUUUGGUAAACAACAAACUUACCUCGAGUACUAUCAAGAUCAAACCGAAAAGCUGGACAAAAAAUUGAAGAAGAAGCGUGAAAAGAUUCUGGAGGGUCCAGAGUACAUGCAUGCAACUGCAUUUGUGACAUUCAAAACGCGAUGGGGGGCUGCUGUUUGUGCCCAGACACAAAUAGACCAGAACCCUCUUCUCUGGCUCACAAGUCGAGCCCCUGAACCUCGAGAUAUAGAAUGGAAGAACCUCUCAAUCUCCCCUCUUUCUAUAACCUUCCGCAGAAUCUUCAUCGCCAUACUAUUGUUUGCUUUGAUCUCCUUUUACAUGAUACCCAUUGCGUUUGUUCAAUCUCUCGCAAACUUGGAAGGUUUAGAAAAGGCUGCACCUUUCUUGAGGCCAUUAAUUGAAUGGAAGGUGAUCAAGUCAUUCCUACAAGGUUUCGUUCCUGGUGUAGCACUUAAAAUCUUCAUGUUAAUUCUACCAGACAUUCUUCUGGUCAUGUCUAAAAUUGAGGGACACGUUGCGUUAUCAGCGAUUGAAAGGGAAGCAGCAGAGAAGUACUAUUAUUUCAUUUUAAUCAAUGUAUUUUUAGGAAAUAUUGUGCUAGGCACAGCUUUCCAACAACUCCAUGCUUUUCUUAGCCAGUCUGCUUCUCAAAUACCAAGAAAUGUUGGAGUAUCCAUACCUAUGAAAGCUACCUUCUUUAUUACAUACAUAAUGGUGGAUGGGUGGGCGGUCGUUGCUGCUGAGAUUCUUAGGCUGAAAGCCUUAGUCAUGUAUCAUCUCAAGAACAUGUUCGCCAAAACCAAACGGGACAGAGAUAAUGCAAUGUACCCUGGGGGUGUAGAAUUUCACAAGACCCUCUCUACUCUUCAACUAUACUUUCUUCUCGGUAGUGUAUAUGCGGUGGUUACUCCAAUCCUUCUUCCUUUCAUCAUUGUCUUCUUCAUCUUGGCCUACUUUGUAUUCCGUCAUCAGGUUAUCAAUGUAUAUCAUCAGGAAUAUGAAAGUGCUGCUGCAUUCUGGCCGGAUGUCCAUGGCCGGAUAGUAGCAAGCUUAAUCAUAUCUCAACUUCUUUUGAUGGGUUUACUUAGUACAAAAAAGGCUGCUAAGUCAACGCCUUUGCUUCUUUUGUUGCCUUUUUUCACCUUCGCGUUUCACAAAUAUUGUAAGAGCCGAUUUGAACCCGCGUUCAAAAAAUAUCCUCUCAAGGAAGCAAUGGCUAAGGACAGGUCAAAUGGUGAGGCUGAUUUGAAGAAAUAUCAAGAUAAAUAUCUGAAUCCAGUUUUGCUCCCAUUCUAAAAAGUUUAAUUGGAUGACAUUUAAGUCAAGGGACAAAAAUAAUCUAAGUUCUUCUAACUUCCAAGUUUGGUAAUCUAGCGGUCCGGCGAACAUUGAUCUUCCUAGUAAACAUACUAAUCUCUGGUGGGUGGGUGGGUGGGGGUAUCCUUUAUUUUCGUAGAUACAUGUCACAAACAAAUGUUAUUCAGAGUUUGUUUGUAUUGUAUGUAGCAGUUGCUAAUUGAUCAUGAAGGAUGUGACAAGGCUAUAAAUAAUAUGUAGUAUGUGCAUUUGUACUAUGCGGGAUUAUGGAUUUAUAAUUUGCACCUCACAAAGUAGGAAUGAUCAAGUUUGUAGGAACUCUUGUUAAGAUUAAUAGUAAGAAGAUACGAGUAUGU